AUGGGGCCUGAUAAGCGUGUGGGAGGGAGGAGGGCUCUGCUGCAGUCUGUCUCUGCGGUGCUAUUUGAGAUGUGUUGUCAAAACAGGACGUGCCUUGUGCUGCAUGGGCCUCGUUUCCAACUUUAUUUACAGAAUAACACCUCCUGGAAGCUGGAUUCUUGCCAAGACUGCCGAUGCCGGAGCGGCGUUGUCACCUGCGAGCCUACAGCCUGCAAAGCCCCUCAGUGUGACUUCCAGAAGGGAGAAGUGCUCCAAAUAGCCUCCAACAAGUGCUGCCCCGAGUGUGCCUCCCGAGCCGAAGGAUUUUGCCAGCACGAAGGACAGAUCCACAGUCAUGGCACGCAGUGGGCCAGCUCGGAAUGUGUCCAGUGCUCCUGUGCCCACGAGAAGGUGACCUGCAGCCCCAGGACCUGCCCACCCCUCACCUGUGGACAUGGGGAGCUGCAGGACACUGCCCAGGGCUCCUGCUGUCCCAGAUGUGUGGGCCGUGGUGAGCCUUGCUCCUUUGAUGGCCACGUGUUCCAGGACGGCGAGGGCUGGAGCCUGGGUCGGUGCUCCAGGUGUGUCUGCAGGGAUGGUGCAACUCAGUGCUCCACAGCUUCCUGCCAGCCUCUGCUCUGCAGCCAGGAGGAAGUCAUGGUUCUGCCUCCUGGAAAAUGCUGCCCAGAAUGUGUCCCCAAGCCCUGCUCGGUGUCGGGAAGAACGUUCCAGCACGGGGAGCAGUGGCAAAAAAAUGCCUGCACUACGUGUGUGUGUCAGAGGGGGGAAGUCAGGUGUCUGAGGGAGACCUGUGGCUCUGUCACCUGUGAGGAGGGGCAGAGCAAGGUGCAGCGCCCUGGGAAGUGCUGUGAGGAGUGUGUCUCUUCCAAAGGGAGCUGCUUGGAUGGUGGCACUGUCAGGUACCACGGAGAGAUGUGGAACAGCACCCGCUGUGACUUCUGCAUGUGCCAGGAGGGGCAAGUCACCUGCCAGGGAGCUGAGUGUGCCGAAGUGGAGUGUGCCAAGGGUGAAGAAUUAAUUCACUUAGAGGGGAAGUGCUGUCCUGAAUGUAUGUCCAGCCAUAGUGACUGUGUUUACAAAGAACAUGCCAAAGCUAACGGGCAGACCUGGGCAGAAGGGCCGUGCCGGGAGUGCCAGUGCCGGGACUCGGCGGUGACCUGCUUCCAGCGCUCCUGCCCGCCCUGCCCGCGGGGCAGCCGACCUCAGGAGGCCAAGGGAGACUGCUGCCCACGCUGCCAGCCAGGUGAGUGCCACCCAGACUGUGUGAGCUGCUCCCAGGCCUCUGAUCACUGUGACUCCUGCCGGGACCCCAGGAAGCGGCUGCAGGACGGGCGCUGCGUGGAGACGUGUGAACAGGGCUUCUACCAGCACGGGGGGGCCUGCUUGGCCUGCAAUGAAACCUGCUCAGCCUGCACCAAUGGAUUUGAGUGCUCCUCAUGCCAGGCACCCCUGCUGCUGAAAGACGGGCAGUGUGUGCCUUCCUGUGGGGAGGGCUAUGUCCAGGAUCAGCUCCUCUGCACAGCCUGUCACGAGUCCUGCUCCUCGUGCUGGGGAGCUGCUGAGAGCCACUGCCUAUCCUGCAAGGAUCCAUCACACGUGCUCCAAGCUGGGUUCUGCCUGGCCAGCUGUGGCCAGGGGUUCUACCCAAGGGAUGGUGUCUGCACUGCUUGUGGCCAGUUCUGCGAGAGGUGCUCUCCAGAGGCAGCCAGGUGUGUGAGCUGUGCUGCAGGGAAGCUGCUGCACCAGGGGCAGUGCCUCCCUCAGUGCCCACAGGGACAUUUCCCGAGCAGCAGUGGAAGGUGCACAGCUUGUCACGCUUCAUGUUCCACGUGCGAGGGACCUCUGGCCACUCACUGCACCUCCUGUUCCUUCCCUCUGGCACUGCGCCAGGGCCUGUGCCUGGAGAACUGUGGAGAGGGCUUUUACCAGGAUCACAACAUCUGCAAGGGUUGCCACCCGUCCUGCCGCUCCUGUGCUGGCCCGGGGGCUGCGCAGUGCCUGCGGUGCCAGGCGCCCGAGGACGUCCUGCAGCCUCACCCGCCCGGGGAAGGAGUUCUCCAUGGCCUUUGCCUCCCCCUCUGCCCAUCCCAUUUCCAUGUGGAUAGCACAGGAGUCUGCAGAGAGUGCCACUCCUCCUGUGCAGGCUGCGUGGGGAAUUCUUCCCAGGACUGCACUGCUUGCCUGGCUCCUGGUGUGCUGCUGGAGGGCAGGUGCCUCCCCUCGUGUCCUGAGGGGCUGUUCAGCCACAAGGACCGCUGCUCCCCCUGCCAUCCAUCCUGCAAGACAUGCCAUGGCCCCUCUGCUUGGGAAUGCUCAACCUGCCACCCCCAUGCCACCCUGGAUGGUGGGAAGUGCAGGACAGGCUGCAAGGAGGAGCAGUACCUCAGCUUGAUGGGCUACUGUGUGGACUGCCACCCCCUGUGCCAGCAGUGCGUGGCCAACCUGUGGGACAGCGGCAGCGUGUGCCUGAAGUGCCAACACGCCCGGCACCUGCUCCUGGGGGAUCGCUGCGUGCCGGACUGCCCGCCGGGACACUACACCCAGCACGGCGCCUGCAAACGGUGCCACCCUUCCUGUAAGAGCUGCACUGGCGAGGGUCCCUUGUCCUGCUCCUCCUGCAAGGCCGGCCUGGUUCUGUCCCACACGGGCGCGUGUGCUCCGCUCUGCUCCCUGGGAUACUACAGGGAUGACAGGCACACCUGCAGACCUUGCAGCAGGCAGUGCCGGAGCUGUGACUCGGCUGCCGGCUGCACGUCGUGCAGAGAUGCAGCCAAGGUGCUGCUCUUCGGGCAGUGCCAGAACGAGAGCUGUGCUCAGCAGUACUACCUGGAUUUUUCCACCAAGACUUGCAGAGAGUGUGACUGGAGCUGUAACACCUGCAAAGGUCCCCAGAGGACUGACUGCCUGCAGUGCACGGAAGGCCACUUCCUCCACGAAGGAGCUUGUGUGGAAGAAUGCCCUCCAGCUUUCUACCAGGAAUCAGACACGUGCCAGAGGUGUGAUCAGCCCUGCCUUCGGUGCCACCAAGCAGACAAGUGCAGCCUUUGCCCAGCCCCGUUCUUCCUCCUGGGCGGUGUUUGUGUUCCCAAAUGUGGGCAGAGAUAUUACACAGACGAGGCACAGCGUGAGUGCACAGCUUGUCCUCCUGGAUGCCUGGAGUGUGACAGUGGCAGCCUGUGCCACCUCUGUGACAGAACCACGUUUCUGAAGAAUAAGAUCUGUGUUUCUGCCUGUGGCCAGGGUUUCUAUGGCAAUCCACAGACCAGAGAGUGUGAAGAAGCCAGCAGGCAUCCCUGGAGCUCCCGAGUGAGCAGCACCCUCAGGGUGGGCAUCGGCGGGGUGCAGCCCCUGGAGCUGGCCUUGCUGGGCUGUGAUGGUGCCUCGGGGCAGCCGCUGUUCCAGGUGGACAGCAUUCCCUCCACCGGCCGGCUGGUGCUGCUGCAGGGCGGGCAGGAGGUGCCGCUGAGCCGCGGCCAGCGCUUCAGCUGCAGGGACCUGCGGGACAGGCGGGUCCGCUUCGUGCACAGCAGAGACCAGCCCAGGAAAGGACAGUUUUCCUUGAAGGUCAGUGACCAACAGUCAUUCUCCCACCUUGAGGUGAUCAACAUUCAAGCCUUCUCAACACAGGCACCCUACGUGUUCAGGAACGAGCCCCUCCUCGUUGGCAGGGGGGGAACCGGGACGAUAUCGGAGCUGGUGCUCGGCGUGGGGGACAGUGACAACCCUGAGGACGUGGUGCUGAUGGCCUUGGAGCCCCCACGGCACGGGAAGCUGCUCGAGCCCCCUGGGGACCCUGCCACCUUCCGCCUGGGUGACCUCGCGGGUGGGCGGCUGCGCUACGCCCACGACGGCUCCGACAGCCGGCAGGACGCGGCUCUUCUGCAAGUGAGCGACGGGUACCACUUCCAGAACAUCCUGCUCCACAUCAGGAUUGCUCCCGAGAGUGCCAGGAUUCCCCGGCUGGUGACCAAUUCCCUGGUGUGGGUGCCCCAGGGAGGCAUGCUGCAGAUCUCCAAAACAAUCCUGCACGCCGAGCUGCCGGGUGCCCGGGACUCUGACAUCACCUACACCAUCGCCGAGGAGCAGCCCAGACAUGGGGAAGUGGUGCUGCUGGUCCCGAUGCCGGCGGACGGCCCGGCGGACUCCUGGCAGCUUUUACCUGACGGAAGAGCGGCCUCACCCACCUCCUCCUUCACCCAGCAGGACAUCAGUGAUGGCAUCGUGUGGUACAGGCACUCGGGGGCUGAAGUGGAGAGUGACUCCUUCCAGUUCCAGGUGUCCAGCUCUGCCAGUCCACAAACCAGCCUGGAAAGCCACGUGUUCAACGUUGCUGUUCUGCCCCAGACACCCAAGGCCCCUCAGCUUUCCCUCGGCUCCUCUCUGCACAUGGCUGUGCUGGAGGACCGUGUGACAGUGAUUGAGCCCCAUCACCUCUCCUUUGUAGACCCGGAGGUUCCCAGUGAGAAAAUCCUGUACAACGUGACUGUGCCUCUCCUUCCUGGGCAAGGAAUCGUGGAGCACAAGGACAGGCCUCUGUCCCCAGCCAGGUACUUCACCCAGGCUGACAUAAACCACGGCAGGAUUGCUUAUCGUCCGCCGACCGCCGCUCCUCACCUCAGGGAGAUCAUGGCCUUCUCCUUCGCAGGUCUCCCGGAGUCCGUGAGCUUCCGAUUCACAGUGUCUGGUGGGGAGCACACGAGCCCGGAGAUGGUGUUUGUCAUCCACCUGCUCUCCGCUGAGCAGCAGCCUCCGGUCUUCCAGAUCGCAGCUCCCUUCCUGGAGGUCAGCCAGGGGGGCAGAGCCACCAUCGGGAUCCAGUUGGCUGUAAGUGACACAGAUACAGCUCCUGAGGGUCUUUUCUUUGAGCUGGUGAAACCUCCCCAUCAUGGCAUUGUGCUCAAGUACAGCGCAGAUGUGCAGGAGCUCAUGAGAGCAGGUGACAGCUUCACCUACGAGGACGUCACCCGGAACGCUCUGCAGUAUGUGCACGAUGGCUCAGCAGCAGCAGAGGACAGCAUGGAAAUCUCUGUCACGGAUGGUGUCACCACAGUCACCACGGUGCUGAGGGUGGAUGUGUCCCAGCUGGACACCCACGGCCCACAGCUGGCCCCGGGCUGCUUGCUGGCCGUCACCGUGGCCAGCAAAAGCUCUGUGACCCUCUCCCGACAGCACCUCGCUUACACGGACAACAACUCUCCCGACUCAGAGAUCAGAAUCCAGCUGAUAUCUCUGCCAGCCUAUGGAACCCUCCUAAGGAUGUCAGGCUCCCACAAUGAAGAGCUUUCCAAGGUUUACAAUUUCACCAUGGAAGACAUCAACAGCCAGAGAAUCAGCUACUCCACCACGUUUGAGACCAGCAAUCAGCCCGUGACCGACAUCUUCCACUUCUCUGUGCUGGAUGCCGACAACAACCGGCUGGACAGGCAGAUGUUCACUGUCACCAUCGCCUCUGCCCCGGCACUGCCCGCCCUCAUCGCCUUCGCUGACCAUGUCACCGUGGAUGAGGGGGGCAGGGUCCCGCUGCUGGCUCAUCACCACUUCACUGCUGACUAUGAUACUGCUGCCAAGGAGGACCUGAGGGUCACCGUGGUCACUCUGCCUGUGUAUGGCUACAUCGAGAACACCAGGACAGGUGAGAGCUUUGGCCCACAGAGUGAGGCUGCGGGGACCACAGACGCAUCCUUUUCCCUUCAAGAUGUCCUGGAGAAGAGCAUUUACUACUUCCAGAGUGUCCAUGAAAGCAUUGAGCCCACAAGUGAUGUUUUCAGCUUCUAUGUGAGUGACGGCUUCAGCCAGUCAGAGGUGCAGAGCAUCAACAUCACAAUCCAGCGGCAGAACGACGAGCCCCCCCGGAUGGUUCUGGAGCCUGUGCGGGUGCAGGGGGGCUCAGCCGUGGUUGUUACCAACGCCUCCCUCAGCCUGCAGGACUUGGACACCCAGAGCAGCGAGCUGGUCAUCGUGGUCAGCCAAAGUCCUGAGCAUGGCCAGCUCCGCAGAAGGCAGAGCGCGGCGGAGGCCCUGGAGCAGGGCCGGGUGCUGUCCAGGGGCUCCUCCUUCACCUACCAGGACGUCCUGGACGAGCUGAUCGUUUACACUCGGAGCGGGGCCGCAGCACAGACGGACGAGUUCAGCUUCUCCCUCACGGACGGGCUCCACACACAGGCAGGGAAGCUGGAAUUCUCCAUGGAGCUGCCCAGGAAGCAGCCACCCACGGUAGCUGUCAACAGGGACCUGCAGCUCCCAGCUGGCUCUGCAGCUCGGCUCACGGCUCAGCACCUGAAAGCAGCAGCUGGACCUUCAGGGGACACGGCCAUCAGAUUUGUCCUGAGGAGGGACCCCAGCAAGGGCCAGCUGCAGCUGACCACAGCUGAUAGUCCAGUCCAGAUCUCUGCCAAAGGACCCCUGAGAAGUUUCACCCAGGCUGAUAUAAACAAAGGGCAUGUGGUGUACAGCCACGGGAAAGGGGAUCCUGGCGGAAACUUCCCCUUCACCUUUGAUGUGAUGGAUGCAGAUGGUAACAAACUGAUGGACCAAGUUUUUCACAUCCAUGUCAUGGAGGACAGGUUUGCCCCCUCCAUCAUCACCAACAAGGGGCUGGUGUUGGAUGAGAACUCGGCGAAGGCCAUCACGACCCUCCAGCUCUCGGCCACUGACCAGGAGAGCGAGGCCUCCCAGCUGCAGUACAAGGUCACCCGGCAGCCACAGCUGGGCCACCUGGAGCACGUGGCCUCCCCAGGGACAAGAAUUAGUUCCUUCAGCCAGGCAGACCUGGCCUCUGGCAGCAUCCAGUACAUCCACACCAGUGACACGGAAAAGCACAGGGACGCCUUCACCUUCUCUGUGUCUGACGGGACAAACGAGGUGAGCCAGACAUUUGACAUCACCAUAAACCCCGUGGAUGACUCCUUACCCGUGGUGCAAAUCUUUGGGAUGAUGGUUCAGGAAGGGGUGAGAAAAACCAUCACCGAGUUUGAGCUCAAAGCAACAGAUGCUGACACAGAGGUGGAGUCCAUCACGUUCAGGGUGGUGCAGCCGCCCCGGCACGGGCUGAUCGAGCGCGGCGGCCCUGGGCAGCGUCCCCUCCAGACCAGCACCUUCACCAUGGGUGACAUCUACCAGAACCUCAUCAGCUACAGCCACGACGGCAGCGGCGCGCUCAGGGACCGCUUCACCUUCACUGUGUCCGACGGCACCAACCCCCUCUUCGUGGUGCAGGAGGGCGGGAGGAAGGUCGUGACCGCAGCACCGCAGCGCUUCCAGGUGGACAUUCUCCCUGUGGAUGAUGGGACACCCAGGGUUGUCACCAACCUGGGCCUGCAGUGGCUGGAGUACACAGAUGGCAAGGCCACCAAUCUCAUCACUAAGAAGGAAUUACUGACAACAGAUCCUGACACAGAUGACAAACAGCUGAUCUAUGAGAUAACAACCGGUCCCAGAAAUGGUCAUGUGGAGAACAAGCUGAAGCCAGGGACAGCUGUGACCACCUUUACACAGGAGGAUGUGAACCAGGGCCUCAUUCGGUACGUGAUGCACAAGGAGAAGGUUCAGGAGACCAUGGACAGCUUCCAAUUCCUGGUGAAAGACGGCAAACCCAACGUGGUCAGCGGCAACGUCUUCCAUGUCCAGUGGUCCCUCCUCAGCUUUACGCACACCAGCUACAAGGUCCGGGAGAGCGCUGGCUCCGUGAGCGUCACCGUGAGGCGGGUGGGGAACCUCAACCAGUACAGCAUCGUCCUGUGCCGCACCGAGCCGGGAACAGCCGCCGCUGGAGCUGGAUCACGGCCCGGAGAGCAGGACUACGUGGAGUAUGCGGGGCAGGUGCAGUUCGAGGAGCGGGAGGACACCAAGGCCUGCACCAUCGCCAUCAACGACGACGACGUGUUCGAGGGCACGGAGAGCUUUUCCGUGGAGCUCAGCAUGCCGGCCUACGCCCUGCUGGGCAACGUCACCCGGGCCACCGUCACCAUCGCGGACCCCGAGGACGAGCCCACGCUGCAGUUCGACAGGAGCACGUUCCACGUCAGCGAGAGUGCCGGCUUCCUCUCGGCUCCUGUGCAAAGGAAAGGGGAUGCCAGCAGCACUGUGUCUGCCAUCUGCUACACCAUCCCCAAAUCAGCCAGAGGCAGCAGCCUUUACAUGCUGGAAUCCGGCUCUGACUUCAAGUCCCGGGGGCUGUCGGAUGAGAACCGCCUCAUUUUGGGGCCGGGUGUCACCGUGGUGACCUGUGAUGUCACGCUGGUCGAUGACAGCGAAUAUGAAGAGGAAGAGGAGUUUGAGGUGGUGCUGGCCGACGCCUCGGACAACGCCCGCCUUGGCAGCCGGGCUUCAGCCAACGUGGUCAUCGCCGGCCCCAACGACGCCUCCACGGUGUUCCUGGGGAAUGCCACCUUUACUGUCAGCGAGGCUGCGGGACACAUUGAGAUCCCAGUGCUCCGGCAGGGACCUGACCUCUCCACGCCCAUGUCGGUGUGGUGUGCCACUCGGACAUCAGACCCGCCCUCGGCCAGCCCAGGAGUUGAUUAUGUCCCCAGCUCCAGGAAAAUAGAGUUCAGGCCAGGCAAGACAGAAGAGUUCUGCCCCCUGACAAUCCUGGAUGAUGCUCAGUACCCAGUGAUAGAAGGGCUGGAGACAUUUGUUGUUUACCUCAGCUCCCCCCACGGAGCCGAGCUGGCGAAGCCGUUCCAAGCCAUCGUGGCCAUUAAUGACAUCUUCCAAGACGUGCCCAGCAUGCAGUUCACCAAGGACACCUACACGGCCAAGGAGAAGGAGGGGACCCUGCACAUCCCCAUCUUCCGCACGGGGGACCUGAGCUACGAGUCCUCCGUCAGGUGCUACACCCGGAGCCAGACAGCACAGGUCAUGGAGGACUUCACGGAGAGGAGGGACACAGAGGAGUCUCGCAUCACUUUCCUCAAAGGGGAGAAGGUGAAGAACUGCAGUGUUCACAUCAGUGACGACUCUGCCUUCGAACCAGAAGAGCAGUUCCAGGUCUAUUUGGGAAGCCCCCUUGGAAACCAUUGGAGUGGAGCUAGGAUUGGGAAGAUGGACAUGGUAACCAUAACUGUCACCAACGACGAAGAUGCUCCCACCAUCGAGUUCGAGGAGGCGGCGUACCAGGUGCGGGAGCCGGCGGGCCCCGAGGCGGUGGCCGUGUUGGCCAUCCCGGUGCUGCGCCGCGGCGACCGCAACAGGACCUCCAAGGUGCGCUGCAGCACCCGCGACGGCUCCGCGCAGGCCGGCCUGGAUUACUACCCCAAGAGCCGCAUGCUCAAGUUCAGCCCAGGUGUGGCCCACAUCAUGUUCAAGGUGGAGAUCAUGUCCAACGAAGACCGGGAAUGGCACGAGUCCUUUUCUCUGGUGCUGGGCCCAGAUGAUCCGGUGGAAGCAGUUCUUGGAGACAUCAGCACUGCCACAGUGACUAUUUUGGAUCAGGAGGCAGCAGGGAGCCUGAUUCUCCCAGCACCUCCCGUGGUCGUCACCCUGGCUGACUAUGACCGCGUGGAAGAAGUGACCAAGGAGGGUGCUAAGAAAUCCCCCUCCCCAGGCUACCCCCUCAUCUGUGUCACCCCCUGUGACCCUCACUUCCCCAAGUACGCCCUGAUGAAGGAGCGCUGCGGCGAGGCCGGCAUCAACCAGUCUUCCAUACAGUUCAGCUGGGAAGUGGCCGCCCCCACGGACGGGAACGGAGCCCGGUCGCCUUUCGAGACCAUCACGGACAACACCCCCUUCACCAGCGUCAACCACAAGGUGCUGGACAGCAUCUACUUCAGCCGGCGGUUCCACGUGCGCUGCGUGGCCAAGGCUGUGGACAAGGCCGGCCACGUGGGGACCCCCCUGAGGAGCAACGUGGUGACCAUCGGCACAGACAGUGCCAUCUGUCACACGCCUGUGGUGGCAGGCACGGCCCGAGGGUUCCAGGCACAGUCCUUCAUUGCCACGCUCAAGUACCUGGAUGUGAAGCACAAGGAGCAUCCCAACAGGAUCCACAUCUCGGUGCAGAUCCCCCACCAGGAUGGGAUGCUGCCCCUCAUCUCCACGCUGCCGCUGCACAACCUUCAUUUCCUCCUCUCCGAGUCCAUCUACAGGCACCAGCACGUCUGCUCCAACCUGGUCACUGUCAGGGACCUCAGAGGCAUCUCAGAGGCAGGGUUCCUGGAUGAGGUGACCCAGGACAGCUCCGUGCUGGGCCCGGGCUACGACCGCCCCUACCAGCUGGACCCCACGGUGAGGGAGACCAAGAGCAUCCAGCUGUACCAGCACCUCAACCUCAAGAGCUGCAUCUGGACCUUCGACGCCUUUUACGACAUGACCGAAUUAAUUGACGUCUGUGGAGGCUCUGUCACCGCUGACUUCCAGGUAAGGGACUCUGCCCAGUCCUUCCUGACAGUCCACGUCCCUCUCUACGUGUCCUACAUCUACGUGACGGCACCGAGGGGCUGGGCUUCCCUGGAGCACCACACGGAGAUGGAGUUCUCCUUCUUCUACGACACCGUUCUCUGGAGGACAGGGAUCCAGACGGACAGCGUGCUCUCGGCCCGGCUGCAGAUAAUCCGCAUCUACAUCCGCGACGACGGCCGGCUGGUCAUCGAGUUCAGGACACAGGCCAAGUUCAGAGGGCUGUUUGUCAUGGAGCACCACAGCCUGCCAGAUGUCAGGUCCUCCUUGAUGACUCCUGAGCACCUGGGAGGGAUCGAAUUUGACCUGCAGCUGCUGUGGAGUGCUCAGACUUUUGACUCCCCCUACCAGCUCUGGAGAGCAACCAGCUCCUACAACAGGAAGGAUUACUCUGGAGAAUACACCAUCUUCCUGAUCCCCUGCACGGUGCAGCCCACGCAGCCGUGGGCAGAGCCUGGAGACAAGCCCCUGCCCUGCACGGCUCACGCUCCUGAGCGGUUUUUGAUCCCCAUUGCCUUCCAGCAGACAAACCGCCCAGUUCCAGUUGUUUACUCCCUGAACACAGAGUUUCAGCUCUGCAACAACGAGAAGGUUUUUCUCAUGGACCCCACCAAAUCUGAAAUGUCUCUGGCAGAAAUGGAUUACAAAGGGGCUUUUUCCAAAGGGCAAAUCCUGUACGGGCGUGUGCUCUGGCACCCGGAACAAAACCUCAACGCUGCUUACAAGCUGCAGCUGGAGAAGGUCUACCUGUGCACAGGCAGGGAUGGCUACGUGCCCUUCUUCGACCCCACGGGCACCGUCUACAACGAGGGGCCCCAGUACGGCUGCAUCCAGCCCAACAAGUACCUGAAACACCGAUUCCUCCUGCUGGACCGAAACCAGCCGGAAGUGACGGAUAAGUAUUUCCACGAUGUGCCUUUUGACGCCCACUUUGCUUCUGAGCUGUCUGAAUUCCACUCGGUGAGCAGCAUGCCUGGAGUUGAUGGAUUUACUCUCAAGGUGGAUGCUCUCUACAAGGUGGAAGCUGGACACCAGUGGUACCUGCAGGUGAUCUACGUGAUCGGCCCGGAGGGCACGGCCGGGCCCCGUGUGCAGCGCUCCCUGGCUCGCCGCUGGCAGCGCGGCCGCAGGGACCUGCCCGAGGGCGCCGGGAGGCCGGAGCUGGAUGACUCCCUCGUCUACGACAACGAGGGCGACCAGCUCAAGAACGGCACCAACAUGAAAUCGCUGCUCUUGGAGAAGGAGGAAGCUGCCACCGCAGCCUCCCUGUCCCAAGCGGGCGCUUCCCUGGGCAGCGCCUUCGCCGCCCUCACGCUGCUGCUGCUGGUGCUGUGCGGGAUUUGCCUCCUGGCCAGGGAGUGCAGGAAGCUGCGGAGGAAGCGGGAGGCUGCCAGGGGCGCUCCCGAGGAGCAUCCCUUGAACACCAAGGUGGAGCUGCCCCGGGGCGCCCCGCAGGCCGUGGGCAGCCGGUGUUGCACCGUCAGGAACGUUCAUCCCCCGAGGGACUUGGGCGGCGUCUGCCAGGGGCAGGGCAGGAAGGUGAAGCAGGUGAACUUGGAAGUCAAAGUCCACAGCAAUUUGCACGACGGCACGGAAGUUUAACGGAGCACUCGCGUUGGGAAAAGCUUUUUAUAAACUGUAAAAUAAAGAUAAUCCCAAACUGAAAA